AUGUUGGUGAACAUGGACCAGCUAUGGCACCGGGUCAUGAUCAACCAGUUCAUGCCGGCCUUAGCUUGACAACUGCUGCAGGUAGCCCACUGGCAGCUGGAGAUCGCCCUGAGGUUUUUCCAAAAAACCACCAUUCCCAACAUCCACCACCACCACCAGAUAAUCAGCACCCUCAGCAACACACCUGCCACACCACCCAACUUUCCUGACGCACUGGCCAUGUUCUCCAAGCUAUAUGCCUCUGACGGCUUUCAGAGCAGCAACAGCACCAUAAUAGCUGUGGUCUGCUCCCCUCCUGCAAACUUCAGUCCCUUCUGGGCCUGGUCUCCACCAAGCUACCAGGCCACCUGGAUCCCUCACCUCCACCAUCCACAGCCAACGUGGUCCCCAGGAGCACAGUAGAGGGGCACCUGGCAGAAAGCCAUGGCUGAGAUGGAUGGUCAGAGAUAA